AUGCAAAGUUCUGUAAAAUAUAUAUAUCCCAAAAUAUGGCGUAUCCCUAAGGAUUAUAUAUCUAAAUGUAAUUUAAAACCUGAAUUAUUUGAAAAUAAAAAUUGUAAGACUCAUAUACUUAGCGUUAUUUGUGGAUCACACCUCUUGCACUUCUCACCAUAUGAUUCCGCGCUAAUCUUAGAUUUAUUGACGGAUCAAUUGGAUAAUCAUACUAAAGUUUCACGCUUAAAGAGUUCUGGAAGUUUAAAGUGUAAAGCUCACUCGCUCUAUAGGCCGGCAAUCGAACGAGUAGUUGAUAGCGUAAUUAACUAUAGGACUGAGUUGUUUCCGUAUUUCUAUAGAAAGUUUUCAGAAUUACACGAGAAAACAGCACUAACGUCAUUGGUGUCAACAAUUCUGGAAACAAAUAGCCUAAAGAGCUAUAACAUAAACGUGCUGAUAGAUUUAUCAUACCUAACCUCGUAUCACUUACCGGUUAACUGCUUUAAAAGUUCAGAAUUGGAAGAUUCAAAUAAGGAAUAUAAACUGUAUAGUAGAUUUUACUGUGAAUUGUUAGAUAAUUUGUCAGACCAGCUCUCCAAAAAUAGGAACAGCCUGAAUAAAGUGUUAGUGUAUAAGUUGUUGUAUUCGUUGUCAAAAAUACCAUUCAAGUGCGAAUAUAAGAGGAUCUAUCACUUAAUAUCUGAUAAGUUGAAGGAACUGCUGAAGAAUGACUCUUGGGAAUCACAAUACCUGAUAAGAAUUUACUCGUCUUUGUUUAAUCUGGGCUUACUGGAUUCCGAAACAAGAAAUCUUAUUUAUCGUUGUAUAGAGUUGAUAAUAUACCAGUUGACCACUAAGGAUCUUAAGUUGAUACUAUCAACAAGUUCUAAAUUAAAUGACAAGUCAUCAGUUAAAUUAACAAAUAUUGUUAAAGAUAAGUUAAAUUUGUACACUAAUCUACAAGUUCGUUGA